CCUGGUAAAUGCACCUGGCUUUUGUGGCUGGCCUGUACCAUGCUGUCGCCCCAGUCACUUCACAUACUAGCAGCAGCAGCUGUUUUUUUGGUGACAUGCCAUGGUGAGGAGAAGUGUGCAGGAGCUCCUGGAAUCCCUGGUACCCCCGGAGCCAAUGGAUUGCCUGGGAGAGAUGGAAGGGAUGGUAUGAAAGGCGACCCAGGCCCACCAGGUCCGCAGGGACCACCCGCUGGCAUUCCAGGUCUUCCUGGAAGAGAUGGGCUUCCUGGGGCACCAGGACUCCAGGGUGAAAAAGGGAACCCAGGAGAAAGAGGAGAGCCUGGACCACAAGGUCAUCCUGCUUCUGCUGAUCCUGAAUUACAAGAAAUCUUCCAGUUUUUAAAACAUCGAAUUACAAGUCUGGAAGGAGUCCUUACUUUGGAAGGAACAAUAACAGAAAUCGGGAGAAAAAUACUCGCUACCAAUGGGAAAGAAGUCAAUUUUGAGAGCGCAUUAGAGUCAUGCAAAAAUGCUGGUGGCUCCAUUGCCAUCCCCAGGAACAAGGAGGAGAAUGAUGCAAUCUGGUCCAUCGUGAAACGGUUUAACAGAUAUGCAUAUCUGGGCAUAAGAGAGGGUGAUGUGCCAGGUGAAUUCCAUGAUCUAGAGGGAAACCCACUCAAUUAUACCAACUGGCGCAGUUAUGAGCCAAAUGGAAAAGGAGGGGAAAACUGUGUGGAAAUGUACACCGAUGGGGGCUGGAAUGACAAAAAAUGCAACCAGUACCGCCUCACGAUCUGUGAAUUUUAAAUCAUAUCCUUGCAGGUGAUUUCCUAGUGCAGAGUCCAGGCAAUAUUCUCUGUCAAAUGUAAACAGGAGCAUGUUCUUUCAGUAACAUAGCUAAUGUCUUCUGUGAUUAUUGUAUCUUGUCCAAUUCCUUUUUGCACCUCCCCAUGUGAGGUUUCGUGAGCCCUAGAAUGAACCUGGAUAAACAAUAAACCAAAUCUGGCUAAACCACU